ACCAUCACAACAACAAAUCAAAUACUUUCUUUCUCAAAAUUUCAUCUAUCCAUGUUCUUGGUGACCAACCCACACACUUUGACGUAACAAAUGGGUUCCAAUUUGUCGUGGGUUUUGGUUCUUUUCACCAUUUCCUUCAAUUACGACGUCGUAGCCGAUCAGAUCUUCCCAACUCAUUCAGGUGGCUUAAGUCGUAGCUCUCGAGAACCAAAAUAUGACAUUGAGUUCCACACAGAAGAUUCACCAUUUAUUCCUGAUGAUGAUCAAGAAUCGGUGGUCAUGCCAAAGAAAAACGGCGAUAAAUUUCUUUGUUUCUUGCCUAAAGUGGAGAAAACCAAGACUGAGAAGCCAGCCGUACAUGAAAACACAACAAGUUUAAUUUUGGAAACUGAAAAACGAACUAAAUUAAAGACACCAGAUGAACUACUUGAAGCACUUCAAGACCGAUGCUUUAUUAGGCAAGAGGGCUGGUGGUCGUAUGAAUUUUGUUAUAACAAGAAGCUGCGUCAAAUUCAUGUGGAGGAUGACAAGGUUGUUCAAGAGUUUGUAUUGGGUGAAUAUGAUGCUGAAGCUACAGCUGCUUAUAACCGUAACCUUUCUGACAUAUCAACUUUGAAAGAUCCCCGCUCUAAAGAUGCAUCACAAAGGUAUCAUGCGCAUCAAUACACAAAUGGAACUACCUGUGAUCUUACAAACGAGCCUCGAGAAACCGAGGUAAGAUUUGUUUGUUCGGAACCUAGAGCGAUGAUUAGUUCUAUAACUGAAUUAUCAACAUGCAAAUACGCUCUCACAAUCCAAUGCCCAACACUUUGCAAGCACCCGUUGUUCCAAGAAGAAAGACCAGUUUGGUAUACAAUCAACUGUAACCCGCUUCCAAAAGACUACAAACAACCAAAAAUGGAAGAUGACGUUGUACAUGAACACGAUAUUGCUAUGGUAACCGAUAAGUCAUCAUCAUCUGUUUCAGAAGAAUAUGCAACUUAAAGAUAUGUGCACAUUGUGUAUCGUCUCAUCAAAUUUACUAAUAGAGAUUUAUUGACGUUUAGAGGUACACAGUUUUCGAAUGAUAUAGUAAACCCAUGGGAAGUUACACAACCUAUGUGGUUUGAUUUUCGUUCAAUCCUUUCGCGCCUUUUAUUUGCAUAAAAGUAUGCGAUUUGGUGUUUUAUAGUGUAUUGUAUGCUUUGGUGUUCUGCUUUUUUGUUAAAUGUAGUAGUGUUUACCUGUGUGUUCUUAUGAA